AGGAAACCGUUACGUGCUAACGGUAACCGCUAAAAUGUUGAGCAGAUUACCAUAUUGAACAAAAAAAUCAGAAAUAUUUUUGCUAGUACGCAUAGACUUUGUUAGUUCGCUUCUAGCCAUCUUCAUCCGAUAUCGUACAAACCGUGCCAGUUUUCAAACUGAAAUUUUCUCUUACUUGUUGAAAUUCUUAUUGUUGCAGAAACAAUGUUACAACAGAAAUACUAUCCCCGAAACAGCUAUUAGAACUUAUCGUUGUUGUUUAUUAUCAAAAACAUACAGCGGUCAACAAAAUUGAUUAUACACCCCUCAUAUUGACUCAUGAUUGAUAUUUCUCCGCAACAAAAUCACCUGUAAAGUUCAGAGUUUCACUAAAAUGUUGCAAAAUUAAAUCAAAGAGCGGAAAAAAUGGAAACGAAAUACAAAACAGUUCUUUUUUUCUUGAUAUUUUUUUGCAAUCCUUCAAAAUUCAUAUUUUGAAGAGGAAACGUUUUCAAGGUUAGUAAACUUGACUGCCUUUAUAGUUUUGUGUGGAGAAUCGAAUGAGCAUAAGUUGAAAUACCAAAAAUCUUUUCUGAUGAAAAUAUGAACUUUUUACGCGAAGCAUUACAAAAGAAUAUCAAGAAAAAGGGAAAAAAGCACUGUUUUGUAUUUUGUUUCCAUUUUCUCUGCUCUUUGCUUUAAAAUUCUGCACUACACAUGAGUCAAAAGAGAGAGAAAAACUGCACGAAAUACGCUGGUUUUGUCAAAUUGACACCAAAGUCUACUAUGUAAAAAUUAAACAGUCGAACUAUAUGAUUCUUGAACAGAGAAAGUCGUCCAUCUCACUCUGCCUGACCCAGCACAAUGACUAUAUGACAUGAGCACUUUCUAUUUUAAGCAAACAAACUACAAUAAAUUUGCAACAUUUCAGCGAAACUCUGAAGUUUACAGGUGAUUUCGUUGCGAAGAAAUAUCAGUAAUAAGAUGAAUACCAGUUUUUCAGAUACUCUGAAAGACUUAGCCCUAAAGGCAGCACUCAUAUUCAUAUUUGGAAUCAGCAUCAUCGAUAACCUGUAACCCACUAGGUUUCGUUGAAAAAGCGCGGGAGUACUUAAAAACGUUCCCGCGUGGGUCGAUUACAUCUCAUAUCGUAAAAACGAGCAAAAAACCUAGUUUUCUUCUUUAACCGAAAAAAUGUUUGUUAACACUAGGAAAAAGUUGUGUUCGAAAAGAAGAAGUCAUGUCCUUAUUCUUUUCCAACACAAAUGAAUGUUUAUUCUACCAAUAUGAAACAAUUAAACGAGAGUAUGAAUUUAUAUUUUUCUCUCUUCUUUUUUCAUGGAAUCAAUAGAGAAAUAUUGUCCUUACCUUUUCCUACUCAUAAUAAGUAUCUUUUUUUCUAUUUGCAUAUUUAAUAUUCAGAAAUGAAUCGAUUAUUGUUAUUUUUUCUAUUUCUUGUUCUUAUAUUCAAAUUAUCUUAUGGUAAUGUAAGUAUACUGAGCUAAUAUAUCUUUGAUAUUUACUCUUUAGUCUUUUGCUUUAAUUUAGCAUCCUUAUUUAUACCAUCUGACGUCAUCAGCUCCCGUUCCGUUUAGUGGUGGAGUACUCCGUGGUGCAAAUCAAGAGGUUUUCCCGAUUUUGACAGGACAAUUUGGUUCCGUUUAUUACGCAAUAUUAAAACCAAAUGCUAUCCGAAACCCGCAUUGGCAUCCAAUUGCCUGGGAGUUUAAUUAUGUUAUUUCAGGUCGAGUAAGAUGGACUAUAGUUGGUCCACAAAAUAAGCAUGAUUCAUUUGAGGCUAAAACGGGUGAUUUAGUAUUUAUACCACAAGGUUAUUUUCAUUAUUUUGAAAAUAUUGAUGAUAAAUAUGAUUUAGUUUUAUUGGCCAUAUUUAAUACAAGUGUAAUCGAACCAAUAGAUGAUAUUAGUCUCGGAGGAACAUUGGGUUAUUUACCAUUACAUGUAUUUGCAGCUAUAUUCAGUAAAAACGAAGAUCUAUUCCGUAACCUGUUCACAAAUGGUACUCUCGAUUCGUUUGUACCAGAAAGAUAA